CUGCCUCUCAGCUGCUUCCAAAAUAGAUUUACCUCACUAUGGAUUAUUAGGCCUUUUUAGCCCUUUUCUUCGAUCACCUUCGUCCCAUCUCCCUACCUAUCUCUAAUAUCUCUUAUUCCUUCUUAUUUGCUGCUGCCGGACACAGCAAGACACAGUUUGUUGCUUCAUCGAUCUUUCUCUUCCCCCAUGAAUCCAAUUUAUCUGAACCCAUCGCCCUCUUUUUUUCCUAUAGCUCCUAUAGAGCCCAGUGAUGAUGAGGAUCAACACCUUCAAUUCUUUCGUCCACCAUCUCAAGCUGUAGCUUAUUCUCUCUCAAGUUCUAUUUUCUCCAAUUCAUCAGCUCAGGAAGGAGGAGGUCAUGAUAGAGAACGACAAGAGGCCGUUAAUGGCGGACCAAGUGAUCAUCAAUACUUCCCAGACGACCCCCCACCUCCUACUGUGGAGGACGACAUCAACAGUGGCCUCGAGUUAUCCAACUCUAAACAACGAGAGAACCGAGGUGGCAGCCAGGGAAAUAUGGGUUCAGUUAGGUGGAUGUCUUCGAAGAUGAGGCUGAUGAGGAAGAUGAAGAAUUCAGAUCGAGUGGGUAUGGAUAAACCAGUGAAUACGAAUAUGCACAAGUUUCAGCAGGAUCAUCAUCAUCGGUCACCAUCACCAUGGGAGAUGGACACUAGCAGCAACAGUUCCUCCAACAACGCUAACAACACCGUCAGGGUCUGCUCGGACUGUAACACAACCAAGACCCCUCUUUGGAGGAGUGGCCCUAGAGGACCCAAGUCACUUUGCAACGCCUGCGGGAUCCGGCAACGUAAAGCCAGACGGGCCAUGGCGGCAGCGAACGGAACACUGCUUCCCACUGAAGCAUCAUCCAUGAAGAAUAAAGUGCACCACAAGGAAAAGAGAUCAUCAGAAACUGGAUACGUCCAGCAAUACAAGAAACGUUGCAAACUGGCCACCUCUCCUCGCAGCAUGAAGAAGGUUUGUUUCGAGGACUUCACCAUAAACUUGAGCAAGAACUCGUCUUUUCAUAGAGUAUUCCCACAAGACGAGAAGGAAGCGGCGAUCCUGCUAAUGGCUCUAUCUUGUGGUCUCGUUCAUGGUUGAAUAUCUUCUGCCCUUCUUGGUCUUCCUUUUUUUUUCCUUCUUGGGUUUAGUUUUGAUUAACUGUUUAGAGCUUGGUUUGUGUUAGCUAGCUACAGCAGAGCAAACUUGUGUGGAAUGAUUACGAGAGUAUUGUGAUUGUGAGGGCUAGAGUGAGCAUAAAAAUCAGGUGAGGUACCAAAAGCUAAUAAAAACGUAAAUAAAGCUUUGAUUUAAUCUGUUGAUAGUUUUAGUUUAUGGCUGUUGUCUGAUUCUCUCCU